CUCAAGUAUGCUACAGUAGUUUACAGUUUAUCGAAGAUGGCUGACGAAGGUAAGAAAAUUUCUUUUGGUUUUGCAAAAUCCAUUAAAAAACCAACAUUGGUUAAGCAAAUACCGCAAGAGGAGAAAAAGGUGGAUUACAUUGAAUGUCUCGAUGAAAAAGCAAUUAAAGUAAUCGGGGUUGAAGAAAAGAAAGAGGAACAUCUCAUUAUUCCAUUAUUGGGAUCUAAGACUUGGCAUGAUAGAAUUGUAAAUAAAAUAGAUGCUGAUAUCUUUGAAUCAAAAGCAAGUAAAAACGAUACGCAGACUGUCACAAUCAAGGAGGAACCAAAAGAAAUAUCUAAUGGAGAUUUGACAUUAGUUAAUAACUCUGUUUCUAAUACACAAAUAAAAUCAGAACCACUGGAUGAAAGUGAAAGUAAAACUCUUACAUUAGAAGAACAGGCAGCUAAAGAAAUUAUAGAAGAUCUCAAAUCUACAGAGAAAAAAGAUGACAAAUUAAGCAAUUUAACUUUGCCCUUGGCAGAAGAACAAAAUUUAAGAGGUGUGGCAGAAAGUACAUUAGAUGAUUAUGAAAAGAUUCCAGUAGAUGCCUUUGGCUUAGCUAUGUUACGAGGAAUGGGAUGGAAACCUGGCAAAGGGAUUGGUAAAAAUGAAAAAAUUGUAGAAACUGUUGUACCUGAAUUACGACCAGCAGGAAUGGGGCUUGGUGCAGAUAAAAUAGCAUUGCAAAAACAAAAUGGAAAAGUUAAGGAGGAAGAAGAAUUACGAAUGGAAAAAGGAAGUUUUAUAAAAAUCAUCGCUGGCAAGCAAUCCAAUACUUAUGGCCAAAUAGAAGGCUUUGACCAAGAUGCGGGAAGAUUAAGUAAAAUGGCCCUGAAUGGAAAUACCAUCUCUGUGAAUGAAUGCUUAAUUCAAAUAGUAACAAAGGCAGAAUAUAUGAAAAAUUCCAAAGUUCUAAAUGCCGCUAAGUAUGAAGAAUAUAAAAACAAGGAGAGUGGAAGUAAAAGAAGAUCUACAUCAUUGGAAUCUUCUAGUAGCAGUGAUAACAGUAAUUCUGAUAUAUCUGAUAGGAAAAGAAGAAAUAAAGAAGAUGACAAUGGACAUAAGUCGAAGAAAUCAAGAAAAAAAUCAAAAGACCGACGAAGAAGAUCGUCUGACAGUGACAGUGACAAUAAGAAAAGAAGUAAAAAACGAAGACGUUCCAGUAGUAGUGAUACGGAAAAAAGGACAAAAAAAUCGAAGAAACACAAAGAAAAAGAUAAAGAACGAAGACGACAAAAGGAAAAAACAUCUAAGUAUUCUGAAUCUUUGGACAGGAGAAAAUCUAAGAAAUCCAAGAGAUCAUCCAGUAGACGAUAACAUAUGUAAAUCGCGAUGUUUUAUGUUAUACACUUUUACUACUAUACUUUCUUUUAAUAAAACUUAUUUUUUUCA